GUUUUGUGUUGUGCGUAGUUGUGGUUCAGUUUCUGAUGGCUUGAUUAAUUUGAUUAAUAUUUUAUUUUUCUAUUCCGAUUACAUAUUUUGGUUCGAGCUUGACCAGAAAUGGCUUUGCUACCACCUGACCCGGUUUAUACUCUCAGAAAUGUCGACAAUUCGCCAGUAUAUUGUUUGGCAUUUAGCUUUUUACCAGGGGGACUCGAGAGGUUACUAGCCGGGUCGAAAAAUGGAUAUGUUUAUGCAUACAACCUUCAGACACACCGGGUCCAGCAAAAAAUCAAAGUUGGUCAAGCUCCCAUUCUUCAUCUCAUUCAUACGAACAACCAACUGAUCACCCAAGAAAAAGGUGGAAUUUACAAAAUUUUUGCUCUUACUAAUAGUGGCUACAAAGAACAACAUACCAUAGAUAAUGACUAUCCUGGAUUUUGUCGUUUUGAUGCCAACACAAAACUCGAAAUGCUCUUUGUACCUGAUAGGGAAUCCAAAAUACACAUUUACAAUUUUUCUGGUGAAAAAAUAAAUAGUUUGGUGCCAGAAAAUGAUUCUCCUAAACUCGGUGAUCCAAUGUGUUUAAAGCAUAUUGAAUUUCCAAAUGACCGGCCCCUUCUUCUGGUGGGCUAUGAAGCAGGAUGGCUCCUGCUAUGGGAUCUCAACACUAGUCAAUGCAUCAGCAAAUUGCAAACUAAAGAAUGUCCAAUGUCAGUGGAUUUCCAUCUCGAGCAACAAAGAGGCAUGAUCGGCAAUGUGUCAGAUGUGAUACAAAUAUUUAGCAUAGGAAGGAAAGACUUGAGCUUGGCCCAUAAAUUGGAUGUAAAUAUCAAAAACCCUGGAAUAAAUAAAGUUUGUACAAGGAGUGAUGGUAGAGUUUUUGCAUCUGGUGGCUGGGAUGGACACAUCCGUAUUUUCUCGUGGUUCUCUUUGAGGCAAUUGGUAGUACUUACUGAACACAGACAAGCUGUGCAAGAUGUUGUGUAUUCCUCUCAAAAAGUUUCAUUUUGGAAUGCAAACAUCAUGGCAGCUGGGGGCCUUGAUGGAGCAAUAACUCUCUGGGAUUUAUACAACACUAAAAAGUAAUUUUUCAUUAUUUUCAAACAGUUCUCAAGGAAAUCAUGACAUUACCAUCUAUAUUUCUUAGCUUCCAAGUUAUAUGUGAAGUUAAUUUAUAUUAUUCAUUCCAAAAAUUGAAUGAAUGUAAACUUUUGUAAUGAUCAUCAAAUAAUUUGAAUACAAAUAAUUUUAUUUUGCAUUUACUUUAAUUCCAUUGUUAAAAACAUUGCUACAAAUCUAUGAAUAUUUGAUGUUUUCUAUCAUCAAAUAUUCUAUUAUUUGGAAAAUAAAAAGACUAGUUUUCCUUAAUAAAAUGUUCAGUAUAAUUUUAAAAUGAAUCAUUAUUGCCUUCAAUAGUUAUAAUAAUUAAAUAUGAAAUGCUUUAAUAAUUGUCUUGUUACAAUAAUGGUGCAUAUAAGAAAGCCAAUUAGAUCUCUAUUGUACAAAUAAAAUGGAAAAUAAUCUUAAAAUGUGGCCAAGUUGUUAGAUGCUAAGAGAAUUUGUUAAAUGAUAUAGAAAUGACUAUUAUGUUAAUAAUUUAUAGCAAUGUUUUCAGAGACAUUAAAGCCUAUGAAAUAAUUU